GACGCCAGCGCGGUAGGACCUGCCAAGCCCCCGCUGCAAGCGUCCGAUCGCCGGGAGCUGUGGCGUGCUUUCGUGUCCGAGGUGUUGCCCGACGAGUCCCCAGUGUGCGACUCCAGAUGGCAGCCUGAAGACCGUCGCCGCUAUGGGCUUAGCGGCGAACUUUCUGCUGCAGCUGUUGGUGUCUGCCGCGUUCUCCCUUGGAGAUGGGCUGCGGCUGCUGGAGGUCCGGGUGCCGGUGCACGCGGUCCGCGGGCAGACGGCGCGGCUGGAGUGCCGCUUCGACCUGGAGGGCGAGUCGCUGUACUCGGUCAAGUGGUACAAGGACGGCCGCGAGUUCUACCGCUUCGUGCCCAGGGACACGCCGCCCGCGCAGCUCUUCCCGCUGCCCGGCGUCGCCGUCGAGAUCGCCAACUCGACGUCGAGCCGCGUGGUGCUGCGAGACCUGACGGCGGCCACCUCUGGCCGCUACCGCUGCGAGGUCUCCGGCGAGGCGCCCUCCUUCCAGACCGUCUCCGACCACGGCGAUCUGCUCGUAGUCGGAGGACGAGCGUCUGCUGCGCGGGCCGCAGGUGGUGGACGGUGGCGCGGGAGACGGCUCUGUGGAGACGGUGCUGGGGCUGCGGUUCCGCGUGGCGCCGCGCCACUUCCCGGGCGGCGCUGGCGGCGACCUGCGCCUCAAGUGCCUGGCCACGGUCGCCACGGUCUUCUGGAGGAGCCGCGAGGAGGCCGCCACCGCAGGGCCCGGGCGCCGCGCGCCGCUGCACGACGCGCUCGACGUCGCGCCCGGCGCCGAAGGGCUCGCCAGGAGCGCCGCCGCCACAGCUCAUCGGAACUCGUAUGGUGUCAUCCCCCGUCUCCUGACACUGGCAGCCUUCGUCGCGAUUUCUCGUCUGCGGGCGGCCUGUGCGAGCUAACUGCCGUCAGCCGCACCACCUGGGACAUUGCUCUGCCAUCCAAAAGCCCAUCGCUUCACCGAAGCCCAGAAGAGUACUACUCGAACCUCGAAGCAGCUCGAUAGCCUGUCACUCGAAGUUAAUCCGUAUACUGCACACCUUUCAUCGAUAAGCGAAGAAAUUAACUCAGCAAUGACACUGAAUAAAGUUCCUUAAGCGAGCAGUGAAUAAAUACCUCCAAUCAUUUUCUUAAAUUAAGGGUCCACAACCACAUUAUAUUGAUUGAAAGAAGUCAGUUUCCUGCAGAAGGUAGCUGUUUCAUUUGAAACACAGUCGUUAUUUCGUUGGCGGUUAGCAAAUCGCUCCCUCUUGGACAUUUUGUAGCAGCAUCACACAAAAUCAACAUUUAACGACCCGCGCAGGGGUGUGGAAUAGACUGAUGUGCAAUGGUGUUACCCGCCAAUGUCGUAAUAUCUUAGGGUCGCAGAUGUGAUUUUCUACAUCCACCCACAGCACACUAAGUAAGUCGGUAUAUGUCUUGAAAUGAAAACACACAUGAGGAAGCCAACGACUUAAAAUCACAUCUUGACCUGAAAUUUUUGUUGUUGUCGUUGUUGUGAUAUCCAGUCCGAAGACUGCUUUGAUCCAGUUCUCCAUGCUGUUCUAUCCUGUGCAAGCCUUUUCACCUCGGAGUAACUACUGCAAUCAACAGACUUCUGAAUGUGUUCACUGCACUGAUCUCUUGAUCUCCCUCUACGAUUUUUACCACCCCACACUUCCCUCCAAUACUAAACUGGUGAUCCAUCGACGUCUCGGAAUGUGUCUUAGCAAUUGGUCCCUUCUAGUCAGGUUGCGCUAAUAAUUUCUUUUCUCCCCACUUCUGCUCAGUACCUCCGCAUUAGUUAAGUGAGCUUCCAUUUUCAGAAUUCCGCUGUUACACCACGUCUCAUAAACUUCUUUUCUCUCCUUGUCUAAAUUGGUUCUCGUCCAUGUUUCCCUUCCAUACAAGGCUACACUCCAUAUAAAAUGGUUUGAGAAAUGACUUCCUAACUUCAAAUCUAUAUUCGAUGUUAACAAAUUUCUCUUCUUCAGAAACGCUUUCCUUUUCAUUGCCAGUCCACAUUUUAUGUAAUGUCUACUUCGGUUAUCAUAAGUUAUUUUGCUACCCAAAUAACAAAACUCAGCUACCACUCUAAGUUUCUCAUUUUCUAAUCUUAAUUUAUUCAGCAUCAGGUGAUUAAAUUCGACCACGCUCCAGUAUCCGUGUUUGGCUUUGGUUGAUAUUCAUCUUUUUUCCCAUAUUUCCAUAACAAGUUCCUUCUGAUCUUUGGGUCGCAUUUUCCGCGAGUCAUCAAUACUUCUAUUCAUAAGAAUACUAUAAUGAAUGAUGAAAUUAAGAUAUUCUAUGGGUGUAGGGGAUUUAAAAACGAUUUAGUCUGUUCCAUAUUCGUGUGUGGAUCAUAACAUGACCGAAAAUGGAAGUAAAUAAUGUUAUUUUUGUACUAAGUAACUGAAUGGUGUCCAAGAAGGUGAAGUUAGCUAGUUGCUAAUGAGAUAACGGGGUGCCACACUGUUGGUGUUCAUCUGUCUGUCGAAUAGGAACCUUAAGAUCAGCUGUACCCAAGGCACUGUUCGAGAGGAGUAGGCUAAGUCUCGGCAUCAGAUUUCAAAGCACACGUGCCAUUAAUAUCAGCUGGAGGAACGCAGUGGUAACGAAUUUUACUGAGACGUCACCUUGGGCGACAGUGAAGGAUUCACGUAUCUAUGUCAAGCGCCUGAGUUUCGAACCGACAUAGGCUUAUUUUCUGUCUCUGUUGCUGCCUUGUAUACAAGUGCUGUUGGCACACGUGAGGGUGGCGGAGUGACUCUACACUCCAGUGGAAGACAGCUUAUCAGUUAUUUGCAGCAUGAAUUUGGCGUUUUACUCAGUAUGAACCUAUCUGUUUUGAUCCAAUGAAAUAAAGUAAUUGCGUCAAGCGAAUAAAGCCUCAAGCAGGAAUAUGACUUUUUUCAGGAAAUACCUCUUUUAGUUAUUAACGUAACUGUCUUUGAUUAAGUUGAUCUACAUAUAGUAACUAGUAAUAGCAAUGUAGUUUUACACUAAUGUGGAAGUGAUUGUUGUGCAUUAUUUCGAGGUGCAGGGCAUAAUUAGAAGAAUUAUAGUGAAAGUGAUUAUUCAUCUUUCUACUGCUUACGUGAAUCUGACGAUACGGACUUUUGUCGAAAGAAGCCGUUUUUGUUAUCAGGUAUACGUGUAUUGCACACCUGAUUCUUAUCGUGAUGGAUACUAGUGUCUCUCAAAAAUUUUAAUUUAAUGCCUUGUACAUAGCUACGUCUGCCAUUUCCUAGCUGCUGAUUUAUAGAAUAGAUUGGAGACUACCGCUUUCAUACGCUGAAUGGCCAAAAGUCAUUGUGUGAGAUGUCGGUUGUUGUAAGCGGCGGCUUACAAUUGUGCAAACGCUGUCUAUAAAAUAUUGAAGAGCCACCCUAGUCGCUGCUGAGGUCGAAAAAAAGAACUCCUGUGUAAAUAACAAAUACACUAUGACCAUGCGUCAUGCACCGUUUAUCAUUCUGCAAUCAAAACCGUUUAAGACAACAGUCACCAGAUGCCGUCACCAGAUGUCGCCCUUUAACAUUGCCGAGAGCUUAGUCACAUUUUGUCCGAUCCCCUUGACGGGGUCGCAGAGAUUAGACUAGGUCAGGCUGGAAUCUGUUCUAUGAAUAAAGUAGAUUAUAUUUUAACCUAGGUUGGUAUAGGUAUUUGUGGCGUUUGGUCUGUCAUUGGAGACGAGCGCUGCAUUGCACAUUUUGCUACUGUGGAUGAGGUAUAUCCUGUCUCGAAAACAAAUUGCCGAGUACUGUAGAUUCUGUCCUCCUUUGCCCGAAUAACAGGGCAAGUUUCACAAGUAAUGUGAGAUGAAACGAAUAGCAGGACAAGUUUCACGAAUAAUGUGAGAUGAAUGGAGAAACUUUCUGUUACAUAUCCGAGAUGAUUCGUGAUUACCUUGAAAAGCAAGAUUAAAAACACUCUGUUUUGCUGUAUUUGUUUUUAGUUGUGCAGACAUACGACAGUGUAACUUCAGCGACUGUCAUUCAUGCCUGUGAGAGACAGGCAUAAAAUUCAAUAAGAUAUUUUGAACACCUAAAGCACUGAAAAAUGCAAACAGACACCAUAGACCGCAUUUGAAAACCGUGUAAUAGAAUCACAACCCUAUUGGCUUCAAAUAAUAUCAAUUUGGAGACAGUUAACAGCCACCAACGACAUCCCAUAGUCGAUCCACAACAGUAACUAUAAGCGUAAGUUACGCCACCCUUCUCCAACAAAUUACUUUUUUGGAGAAAAAUGUAUGCCUAAAAUUACCAAUAUAUAUUUUGCCUAUUUGUGGUUUUGAAUAAAGUUGCAAUUUCGGUCCAUAGAUUCCGAACUAUAUCCUGAUUGCAAUAUUUUUCGUCAUCAGGAUGCCACAAACUCACUCUUCCUUGAGCUAAAUGCUUCAAUGCUUCGUCUGACAGAACGUCGGUCGAUUUAACCGAAAGAAAUUUCCCCGAUAGUCGUCUGUACGUUCGGACGAUGAGAUCGGCUACAGAGAGAAUGCGCACGCGGUGGGGUCCCGAUUUGAAAAGACUGGCCGUUUUCAGCCGACGUUGAUCGUCGGCGGAAUCCACCGAUAUCGCCGCUGUUGUCACCGCAGAAUAGUUCUCAAGAGGAGAAUACGGCAAUGGCCACAACCCGAUUUCCCACAAACUUAGCUCAGUGGAAGAGGAACCAAACUAUGCGACCACGUGUCUCCGUUUACUAGUAGAUACACGCCUGUUUCGGAGGAAAUGACCCUCAUAAUUUUCAAAAGAAUUUAGAUGCCUUUUAUGGGGCGGUGAGCUCAGCUCAACCGGUGGCAUAGUGGCUAGCGUUGCCGUCUUUAACUUUUGCUUCCCAUGUAUGAAAACCGUUGAUUUGUUUUUAUUUAUUUUAUUUUUUAAUUUAUUUACCUAAGUACUUAGAAGAUUGCUUACACGAAUUUUUUAAUCAGGUUACGGGAUACAAGGGGCUAUAUUAAUUGUAAAAUCACAACUUGGUUUCGCAAUGACGUUCAUGAGUUUAUUAUAUAUGUAUGUAUGCUACUUUUAGCGGUUAUACUCUUUUAAAUUCUCAUAUUCUUAUAUUAAUUGAUAGUUUUUAUAUUUUAUUCUUAUAUUUAUUCUCCAGGAAGAUUUUUAUAUUCCCUUAAAUGAUACCGGUAGUAAAAUGGUACAAAUGGCUGUAUAUUUGACAGCAUCAUUUAGCCCUCGUAGACGGUAAAUCUUCAUAUGGGACAGUCAUACUCGCUACUUCUGGCCACUCAGUUUCUUACAUAGGUGCAUUUUUAAACAUAGAUAUGAAUAUACUCAGUACACAAUAUUGGCCAUGCAUAAAGUCAUCAUUUCACCCAUCUGAAACAUAGUUUGCCGUGUAUAUAACAAGCAAAACGUAAGUUAACUACUACAGAAACUCUUACCGAAGGAGAACGUGUCACUCUACUUACUACUUACUGGACAGUACAUCGAAUGUUUUUGAACAAUUGCUUGGUGAUAAGUGUGUCAGACAAUUAAACUCGCAAAAUAUACGCAAGAAGUGCAUCACUCUUGAAUAUAAAACGUUUCAUAAAAAGAUAAUGAUCUCUAAAUGAUACUGAAUGUUGCAUACUAUAUCUAUUACUGAGUUGUAAAUAUUGAUAAACCGUCACAUAUGCGAAA